AUGUCGGGCCUGCUCGUCUUCCUGCGCGAUGCCAACGUCCGCCUGGUGCGUCCUCAAUUCCUUCGGGAAUUGCACCAAGCCGGGCACGCCUGGCCCCGGCGCCAAGAGGCGGAGACGGCACGGACGGCCAGCGGAGAGCCUGCGCUGCUCACCCACGACGAGUUGGAGCAGAAGGCCACGCAAGGCUGGCAGGCCUUCAGCAUCCUGUCCUUCUCGCACUGCUGGGAGGCCAAGGAGCACCCGGACCCGCUGGGCUAUCAGCUCGCGAUGCUGGUGGAGGCGCUGGAGGCCUUCCCCGCGGAGGUCACCCGCCGGCUGAAUUGGGACACCCCCGUACUGGACCCCAACUGGGACGCCGCGGUGUUCAUCGACUAUGUGUCUCUGCACCAGUUCCAGAGGAGUGAGGCGGAGGAGCCGUACUUCCAGGCGGCCAUGCGGGGGAUGCACACGCUGUACUGCCAUGAUGAGACGUACACCCUCCGCCUGGAGGAUCUGACGCCCACGGAGUGGGCGCCGCCAAGAGAGGCGGUCAGUCUGUACAGCGCCAAGGACCGCGGCGUGUGCAGCGUCCCCCUGGCCAAGCUCCAUGCCCCGCCCGCCCACCAACGUGGACAGUGCCCUGCCACCUGCAGUGACUGGCCACUUCACGCCAACAACACCCCGUACAACGAGCGGGGGUGGUGCGCUGCCGAACAGCAGUGGUCUCUUUCCAGGGACAAUUCCUGGAAGAGCAUGCGCCUCCCCCUGGGCACGCCGGAGAUCUGCGAGGCCCCGCUGACCCCGGAGGCCUUCGCUGACGCCGUGCGGGCGGGGGGCCUGAAGUUCACCCACCGCGGUGACGCGGAGCCGGUGCUGCGGCUGCAGCGGCACGUCUUCGAGUCGAAAACCGCGGUGACCCCAAGCCUGGGCUUCAGCCACCUGGGUCCGGACGGGGUGCGGGCGGCCGCAGACUGCCUGCCCCACUGCAGGCGGCUGGCGGAGCUGAGCCUCAUCAACAGCAACGCGGGGGACGAGGGAGCCCAGGUCUUGGCCCGUGGCCUGGAGAAUUGCAGUCCCCUGGAGCUGCUGUGGCUCUUCCAGAACAGCAUCGGCGACAAUGGCUGCAAGGCUGGGAGGGCAUCGACAGGCUCCCUGCACUGGGGAAUUGGGGCGGAGUGUUGGGCGGAGUGUCGGGCGGAGCCCGCGCUGGCCGCCGCCCUCGCCGGGCACCGCGGGCUCCGGGACCUGAACCUCGACGCCAACGGCUUCGGGGACGCCGGGGCCGAGGCCGGGGCAAUCGGAGCCCGGGGACGUAUGCAGGAGCCCUUGGCUUUGAGGUUGGGGGCGGAGCUCCGGGGGGCGGAGGCCGGGGGCUGGGGCCAGGCCCUGGGCGCGGCGCUGCGGCAGAUGCCGCGGCUGCAGACGCUGAGGCUCAGCGAAAACCAGAUCGGGGUCAAGGGCGCCCAGGCACUGGCCCGCGGCCUGGAGGGCACCACUGCCCUGCAGCUGCUGUGGCUUUGGGGGAACCAAAUUGGCGAUCCCGGCUGCCAGGCGCUGGCCGCCGCCCUCGCCGGGCACCGCGGGCUCCGGGCCCUGAGCCUCGGCAUCAACGGCUUCGGGGACGCCGGGGCCGAGGCCCUGGGCGUGGCGCUGCAGCAGAUGCCGCGGCUGCAGACGCUGAGGCUCCAGCGAAACCAGAUCGGGGUCAAGGGCGCCCAGGCACUGGCCCGCGGCCUGGAGGGCACCACUGCCCUGGAGCUGCUGCGGCUUUGGGAGAACCAGAUUGGCGAUGCCGGCUGCCAGGCGCUGGCCGCCGCCCUCGCCGGGCACCGCGGGCUCCGGGAGCUGAGCCUCGACACCAACGGCUUCGGGGACGCCGGGGCCGAGGCCCUGGGCGUGGCGCUGCAGCAGAUGCCGCGGCUGCAGACGCUGAAGCUCGUCCAAAACCAGAUCGGGGUCAAGGGCGCCCAGGCCCUGGCCCGCGGCCUGGAGGGCACCACUGCCCUGGAGCUGCUGCGGCUUUUUCAGAAUCAGAUUGGCGAUGCCGGCUGCCAGGCCUCCACGGCGGGUUAG